AUGGUUCACAUUUACCGAUUGAUUCUCAAACAGAAAAUCUUGAAAGCUUUGAACCAGCUCGGCAUUCUACGUGGUAUUGAUAUUGCAUGUGAUACUUUUCCGGUAGGAUGUGCUUUUAGUGAGUCUAUUGUUUAUCCCAAGUAUUUUGCAGCAAAUCCAGAUGUUAAAAAUGACAAUUUCAGCACAAAAUUGGGUCUGUACACAGAGAACUGUGGGCUUGACAAUGUGACCAUGUCAUGGGGGCAUGACGAGUACAUGUACUUGGUGGCGAAGGGAAAUAACACCACUCUCCCACCAUCUGCACUCUUCAUCAUCAGAUUCCACUCCUUCUACGCUCUGCAUUAUGCUGGAAAGUAUGACUACCUCAUGAAUGAUGAAGACAAAGAAAUGCUGAAAUGGCUGCGUGUCUUCAACAAAUAUGGUCUUUGCAGCAAAAAUAAUGUGACAAUCAACCAGGAAGAGGUGAAGCCUUACUAUCUCUCUCUCAUUCAUACGUUGUGGUGA